CUCAAGUCUCUUUCACAACUCAAAAUCGUAUAUUCUACAAGCAAAUUAUUGAACAUAAUGAGUUCAACAGGCAGAGCAUGGAUUGCAGCAGCCAGUGUGGGAGCUGUGGAGGCUUUGAAAGAUCAAGGUUUUUGCAGAUGGAAUUACACGUUCAGAUUAAUCCAACAGCACGCUAAGAACAAUAUCAGAUCCUUCUCUCAGGCCAAGAAACUCUCUUCCCAGUCAUCUUCUAUGGUUUCGAAUAAGUUGAAAGAAGAAAAAAUGAGGCAAUCUGAAGAAUCACUCCGAAAAGUAAUGUAUUUGAGCAUUUGGGGGCCCAACUGAGAGAGUUGCUGACAGUAUUUGUACAUAGAGAAAUUAGAAAAAUUGUAUUAUGUUUUGUCGAAUUCAUGAGAAUUAUUCUUGUUAUAGCAAGGAAAGAAGAAAAAUGAAUUUUCCAUCUCUUUUC